UUAAUGCGCUGCGACCACAGACAGGAUGAGACCGGAUCCGUUGUGCAGAACAUACAUCCGCCAAUUAAUAAUAAGCGGACCAGAGCUUUUCUCCUAACAAGUCAUCCUCCUGCGGUCACCCUGUGAGUGUUCGGAUCAUCUUUGAUUUUUUUUUUUUUUAACGUUUUAUUGGGACUAAAGCCAAAAUAAACCCUGAGGACCUGCAGAUGAAAUAUUUCAGAAUUUGGGAUUUUAUUGAAUUGGACUUUUUAAAAUCUGCAACCUGCUGUGAAGCAGACAUCUGCACUUAAAUUAAUGGAAAAUUCAUAGAAGAAGCAACAAAGGAAACUGUUCCUCAUUAAAGUUCCUCAUUAAGUAAAAGUUUUGUCAGAUUUUCUGGCCGCGUUUCAAACGUAUCCAUCUGUGGAACGAAGCACGUUUCGUGAAACUACAGAAGAAAUGUGAAGACAAAUUAGCCUCUUUGACGCACCGAGACAAAUCUCUGCUCCUCGUUCUCACAGGUCAGAUGUGUGUGUGGAUGUAAAACGUUGCUGUUAGCUGAGAGUUUUAGGUUUGGUUACACCUCUCCCAGCUGUAACUCGAGCCUCCUAACCGUCAUCUCUGCCCACAAACCGGGGCGCCCCGAGCUGGAGGUGCCGCGGGGGACGCCAUGGGACGAUCCAAAUACUAAUGUGAUGGGCUGUUGAUGGAGAGGAUUUCGAAUGUCAGCCGGGACAGUGGUCAUCGCAGGAGGAAUUCUGGCUACAGUCAUCUUACUGACCAUCGUCGCUGUACUGUGUUUAUGUAGGUUGCAGUAUUACUGCUGUAAGAGGGAGGAGUCUGAGAAGGGGGAAGAGGAGGAACCGGAGUUCGCCACCAUGUCGCCUUCCUGGCCCCUGGCUCUGUCCGCUCCCCCUACACCUCCGACGCCAGAGCACUUCGGCAACGAACAGGAGAACUACACCCCCACCUUCCUCACUGAGGCCAACGGGCCUGCCAGCUGCUGCCCAACACCGCCGCCACGCAGGUGCCAGCGCUCACACGCCUUCUGCCCGUCUUGCGCCCGCUGUUCGCUGCCCUUCUACCUGCAGCACCCAGAGAGGCUGUGCAACGGCGGGCGCAGAAUCAGCUACAGGACUGUGCAGCAACAGGACUUGGAGCUGCCCAUAGAUCUGGCCAGCUUCUACCAGAAGCUCAACCUCAUCCGUUCCGUUACCAUGAGGGAGGUGGUCAACAACAGUGUCAGCACCGACGUCUAGGAGCAGGCAGAGGGAAGGUCGCGCCGUCCUGCUGACCUGGAGGAAAGUUGCACUGACUCGGUGCUGUCUGCAAAAUACACGAAAUGACUUUGUGUUGUGCAGCAUUAAUAGUGUGCUGCACUAAUGUACUACAACACUGAGGGCUUUUGGAUGAUGCAAUACAUCUCCUGGCAGCCAUAUUGGAGGUCUACAGCUCUGGAGCGACUGCUACUGUAACAGCUGAAGGCAUUUGUGAACGUAGUUUAACAUUUGUUUCUGACAGACUUGAACAGACUCAUUUUUGUCAAGUUUGACUUAAAACUGAUCAUUUUGUAACCAUUAUGUCGGAUUUUGAUGUUUAGAAAAGUAGCUUGUUUGUUAAUUAGCCAGUUAAGUAGCUAAACAAUAUGUGUAUCAAAGUAUAAAGACACAAUUUGAGCUUUUGUCAGUAAAUUAAACACCGAUUUAGUUUGAAUGCACCACACAAGACACAGAAGUGGAGGUAAAAGUCCAGUGCAAACAGGAGGUUUUCUAAAUGAGGCUAAUGGCUAGUUAGCUACCUAGCUUACUCUAAAAUAUCUUCUAAAGAAUAAGUUGUGGAUGUAUAAAGAGAACUGCAUACAGCGUUUGAGGCAGGCCCCCUUAAUUCCUGCAGUAAGUAUCUCAGUGGUGCAUGGCGCAUGAAGCACUAGAGACUUCUGCUGACCAAGCCGGCUACUCCAGGUUUAGCUCUUCGCUAAUUUGAAUGGGGAAUAUUGAUUUAAUCGUGCGGCUCCUCUAGACUUUCCAAAUGUUAUUGGACCGAAUGGAUCAAAAAAAGUAAUUUCCCAGUGGUUGUGAUGCUCAAAAACCCUAUCCACUUAUUAACAGACAUCUCUUUCGCCAUGUAAGUCUGUGGGAAAGUCUUUUUGGGGCAGAGGGCAUCCCCUGACUUUGUAAUUCCACUGUUUGGCCACUAUGUCGAAUAUGCCUCAAAGCCCGGCGCACUUCUGGGGGCCCAUGAGUCUGGUCUUAUUAUGCGUUUCUGUUGACUGUGUGAAUGCAAACAGAAAAAAAGCCUGUGAAGGUAUGUAGUUCUCGGGGGAGCUCUGCUAUGCAUUUUCUCUCAGGGAGUCCCCAGAACUCUUUGGUCCAAAAACACAGAUUGUCAACAAAUCCCAUGUGCAGACCAAAAUCAACAGUGAGUGUAUCUACUAACAAGUAUUGUUUGUGUAUCAAAGCAUGAUGUAGCCUGAUCUUCUUCCCCUGUGUCAUAGAGCUCCAUUGUUGUUAAAAACCCAUCAAUUGGCCACACUGUUGCACAGGGUGUCAUGCUCCUUCAUGUUCCUACACACACUGUAGUUUAUUUUCAAUUAGAAUGAAACACUUGGCCCAGUUAAAUUGUGCCCGAACACGUUUUUGCCCCAAAGUCCAGUUCUUUGACUAGUGUGGUCGCUAAAUAGCGCCCGGGCCCGCUUAACCUUGCCCAGGCCCACUUGAAAGAGGAAGCCAAGGGGCCCGGGCACCGUUCAAGGUAACUGGGCCAAGUGUGAGUAAGCCCUUAAUCCCACACACACCGUCCAAUACAAAAACUACAGUGACAGCUGACAGCAAUAAAUAUGAAACUACAUUUGUCUUUACGUAUGUCUUCAGUAGGAACCAAUGGCUUUGGAGCUGGGAGACGCAGACAGGAAAUCAUAAAGUAUCGAGACACAUUGUUGGUUUUGGUCUUAUCAUGGGAUUUUUUAGCACAAAAAAUACAAAAUAACACUUAUCUUGAAAGCUCCAAAUCAAGAGGGUUUUGGAGAAGAAAUACUGUCGAGCUGAAAUCUGUUUCCUGAGUCAGUAGCUUCCGUUUGGAGACCAAUUUAUUUGAAGACUGUUCACAUUGACUCAGACUGUCACUGACUACAGUCAGUCUCCAACAGACUAGUACUCUGCUCCAUUACUGAACAUACAGUGUAUAUGUGUACUUUUACAGUGUACCUUUAACACCACUUAACUUUGAUUUCAUUCAUGCAGUGAAAAAUAUACAAGUGGAUGUUGACACGGACAAAAUGUUUAAUUUGUGUGUGUCUGUGUAGCAACAACUGUACAGUGUUACAUUUCACGUUUAUUUCUUUCACAGUGACAUUUUACAGUUUAUUAUCUGUUCAGGCUGAAGCUGCACAGGUGUUUUCACUUAUUCCGCCUGAUUACAGAAUGAGUCAGGGUCUAAUCAGCCAAACUGAAACACCUGUGUAGAUGCAGAGACUAUAGCGAGCAAUUUCAACUAUUUUUCAAUUAUCAGUUUGAGUGCACUAAGCAUUUUGUGCUUGCGCACUCCCUUUUCGCCCUCUGUACUAUAUUGACUCAUUAAAUCAGAAUUUUAAUUGCAUUUUUUCACAUCAAAAAUCUAUUCUUCAGUAUCAAGAAUUCUGGUUAUAAUGUUAUGUCGUUUUUGAGAAUCCAUACUAUUAGAAAUUUGAUUUUUACUCAGGCAAAAUGUUAUUUCUGUCAUGAAAUCCAUUUUUGAUUAGUUGAAUUUAAAAUAUAUAUUCUUGAUCUUGAAAUUACUCAAUAAAUCACCCUCGUUUUUUUGUAUGAACUGCUUGACAAUAUCUAUAAAAAUUCAAAUUUUGAAAUUAUAAAUUCAGCUCUUGAGCAAAGCAAGGUAAAGAUGAUUAUUUUAUCAUCAAGGAUUGCAUUGAUAUUAUCCAAGACCAAAAACUGGGAUUUUGUAGAUAGAAAUGUAUCCUUGGUUAAAAAAAAAAAAAAAAAAAAAAAGCUAAAACAUUGCAGAUGUCAGUAGCUUCAGUUUGACCCAUGUUUGUGUUCACUUGUGUAGAUUUGGCAGCAAAGCGAUGUGUUGUUUUUUUUCCAAUUCAGACACAGAGAUGGGGCUGGUGCUGGUGAUCCUGUCGGUAUGUGAGUGUUUCAGUGUGUGAAUUCCUGUUUGUCUGCGGAGCAUCUCGGUGCAGAAAACAAAUCACAUUUUAAAAGGGCUUUUCUGAAGCAUUCAAAAUUCCAAUGGCUGUGUUUUCUGAAAGAUAUUUAUUUCCUAAUAAAGACAUAAAGUAGAUGCUGUGCUGUAGGCCGGGAUUCUGCACCAUGAGGUAUCCAGCAUUUAAGAAAAAAACUGCACAUUUCUUAAUGAUAGUACAGUAGUAGUACUCUGUUUAUUCUCUCUCAGAAAAUGAGUGUUUUCUGUCGUGUGAUUUAGUCCUUCCGUGUUUUUCAUGAAGCGUGUGUUAACACAUUGUGAUCGUCCAACACUGAUAGAGAGUGGAGGACCUGCAGGGCCCUAAAACACCUCGGUUAGGAUGAAUGGAUGUGUGUUUGGCGGUUAGGAUAGUUGCAGCAGUUAGCGUGCCUAAAGCAGAGGUUAACAAUUGUUUUUUUCAGCCAAGGCUAAAUUAAACACAGAAGAGAAGAGGGUUUUUGGGAUUAAAGUUUGCAUGCAGCCACAGAGGAUGGACAUCCUGGUAGUCAACUCUCUCUGCCAAAGAAAUAUCCAGCCUGUCGAUCGAUAAAACCUCAGACAUGAAUCCAUUCAGGGUGUUUUGGGGGACGAUGCUGCACGUUCUACACUUUGUAUUUGUAAGUUCCUGGGGAAGAAUGAGUGCAGAACCACUUUCAUUAUUCAGUGAGUGUUUCCAGACAUUUUUUUCUUUGGAUAAGACUAAAACGGUUGCAUUUGUAUCCUCUCUGCUUCAUUAGUUGAUGUGUUUCUAUUAAAUCCUGCAGUUCAGUAGAUGAUGAGGCUUGAUGCUGACCAGCAGGGGGCGCCAGCUGCUGUCAAAACGUGCAUCAACUGCAGCUGUUCUGUAAGUGAUUUAAUUUACAGUGUUAAAUAAAAGGAUGCAAAAC